AGAAUCAAAAGCAAAAAAAAGGUAGAGUUAACCAAUAUAAUAACUAAAAAACAAAGAAGAUUGUAAGAUAAAGCUGAUGAAGUUCACAUUGCAAGAAGAAAAUCUGCUUAUUACAAAAGAGGGAGAAGACACUGCUAAGUCUCUGGUUUCUUCUUGAUUACACUACUACUAUGUACAGAUUCAGCAACACAGUGAUUGGAGUCUUAAACCUCCUCAGCUUACUAGCUUCAAUACCAAUCAUAGGAGCCGCUCUAUGGAAGGCAAGAAGCAGCACAACUUGCGAAAACUUCCUCCAGACUCCUCUACUCGUUAUAGGUUUCAUCAUACUCUUAGUAUCUCUCGCCGGAUUCAUAGGAGCCUGUUUCAACGUGGCAUGGGCUCUUUGGGUUUACCUAGUGGUCAUGAUCUUCCUCAUCGCGACUCUAAUGGGUCUAACUCUGUUUGGUCUGGUGGUGACUAGCCAAGGAGGCGGUGUGGAAGUACCAGGGAGGGUUUAUAAAGAGUAUAGGCUUGGUGAUUAUCAUCCAUGGUUGAGAGAGAGAGUUAGAGAUCCUCAGUAUUGGAUCUCUAUAAGAAGCUGUAUCUUGAGUUCCAAGACUUGUGCUCAGAUUGAAUCUUGGACUACACUUGAUUAUUUCCAAAGAGACAUGACUUCUGUUCAGUCGGGAUGUUGUAAGCCACCGACGGCGUGCACGUACGAUACCGGAGUAAUAGUAGGAGGAGAAGAUUGCUAUAGAUGGAACAAUGGUAUUGAAACGUUAUGCUACGAGUGUGAUGCUUGCAAAGCUGGUGUUCUUGAGGAGAUCCGUCUUGACUGGAAAAAGUUGUCGGUCGUUAAUAUUCUGGUCCUUGUCCUCCUCAUCGCUGUCUAUGCAGCUGGUUGCUGCGCCUUCCACAACACUCGUCACGCAGCUCAUCCUUAUCAUCCUUCUGAUGAUAACCGCAUGACCAAAGUCCGUCCUCGUUGGGACUAUUACUGGUGGAGAUGGUGGCAUGAAAAGAAAGAGCAGCUUUACUGAGAGCCUCAUCGCCUGUGCUUUGGUCUUGUUUAUCAUUUUCUUUUUUUACCAACUUGUGAUUUAAGAAAACAUAAACAUAAAGAAACGUUGUAGUUCUGUUUUCCUAUAAAUCGUCAAGAGAUUAGUAAUAUCUUGUUUUGAUU